UUUGAUUGGUCAGAACCUGGACAUCUUGAGCUUCCCUUCACGAAUCCCCCGACCCUCCUUUCCUUGAACUCUCAGUGAGCUUCCCCAUCGUUGCCAUCUCACGGCUCUCUGUUGGUCUCUGGGUGUGAGUCAUCGCACUGCUGACGCUUGUGUGUGCUUCUGUCUUGUGCCACCGCCACCCUCAUCUUCAUCAUCAUCAUCAACUGUUCUCUAUGUCAAACCCUGGAAAAACUUUCUCUUAAACCAUCCACCCAGCAUCAUUGUCCUGCUUCCAUUUUCACCAUUGAAGACAAAGAACUUUAACUUAUCUUAUCUCGUAUUCACUUUCUAGAUUUUCUUUAAGAACCAUUAACUUCUUCCUGUUUUCACCCAUGAAAAUUUCUGGAGCUGUAUUACCAAAUAUGAUAGUUUUCAUCAAUUAAAUGUAACAGAAGUAGCAAACAUGUAAAACAGACAUGGUACUUAACUGAUUAUCAAUAUCGUCCAAUUAAAACUGAGUUAAUUAGCUGUUUUGUAAUCAUAUGUAAGGCAGUUUCAGCAGCUCCAUGUAGUUUUUUUUUCUUCCUUUGUUCAUUUGUUGCUGUCUCUGCAUACCACCUUAUUUGUAAUUGUUGCUCUGUUGCGAGGUUUUAUAGUUUGUCCUCGUCUAGCAUCCUGUUUAUCUUGCCGUGCUGUUUCCCUCGAUCAGUUUGACCUUAUCACCUCUUUAAUGUUCUUGCUUCCUGUUUCCUAAAGUGUGCCUCGUUGCAUGUUGUCAUUUCUGCUUUUGUGCGUUCUCCUCCUCCUUUCAUCCCUUGGCACAUGCAGACGUUCCUGUCAGGUAGCUGUUAAGCGGAGGUGGUGGUAGUAGUACUGUCAUGUGGCAGAGCGAGUUGAUUGGCUGUGUUUUGCCAAGUUGGAGCAAAUGUUACAGUUACUUAAUUACUUCAAUCACAGACAGCGCUGAAUGUGAUCUCUGUGCCAAGCUGCCACGUUUCAUAAUUCCCUUCAUGCCUAUCAUUUUUCAGCGCGGUCACCCGCUUCUCAGUCAGUCAGCGUCUCAGUGGUGCUCCGACUCGCUUAUCCCCAUCAGCACCCAAUCCGCAGCUUCCUGUUUUCUCUUCCUCGUCUCAGUAAAUAUGCUGAUUCGUUUAAUUUCUUACUCGCAGCUGAUCAAACAGAGAGCGCGCGUCGUGCUGAGGAUGGUGUCAGAGGUGUCGGCCGAGCUCGGCUCUCCAAAUAUGAGCCGCUCGUGUUUAGUCAGGAUAUCGCUGCGCUGAAGCGGUGUCUCUCUUUGAAUGCAGAACGAAGACUGAUUUUGGCAAGCUAGUGUGUUUAUGCAGGCGAUAAAGGCACCGCAUUCAGUUUCAACCCUGUUUUGAGUGUUUGUUUAGCACAGAGGUCAUUUUCCCUCUUUGAUAAAAGGAUAAUUAGGAUCAACUGUUUCUAUUUGAUACAUUUCUUGAAUUGCAGAUGGCUUAAAAUGAAGAUGCAGUACACGACAAUAAUUGUUUUCUUUUUUUUUGGUAAGCCUGUGCUGAAAGCAGAAUCCUGACUGUCAUCUUUCUUUUCUGUGGUCCCGGUGAUUGCAGCUCUUCUUGCAUACUGAAUAGUGCAGCCGUGCAUCUCUGCCACUUUUCCUGCUCCUUCUCCUGACUUUAAAUCUGCAAAGUAAACACUAAUACCUGUAGCCAAGCAUACACACAUACCCUAAGAGUCAGUCUAAGUAAAGGUUGAAAGGUUUCAGAGGGGAGUUUCCCUUUAGUAAAGUAAAAUGUUGAGUCUUGACUGAGCAUUUUCAUUAUUAAACAGUGAAACUGAGGGUGACCAGGCUAGUCAGAGGAGAGACACAUGACUUUUAACUGCAUGGGCGACCAGACAAGAGGGAGCUUGUACGGAACAAGAUCAGUCUGGCUGGCUUUGUUGUAAUGAUCAUUAGAAAUAAGUAAAUCAAGUUUGGCUGGAUGAAACAAAAGUAUCCUGACAGGAUCUUAACAGGAGCAGCAAAGGCAUCAGCUGUAGAGCUGAUUGCUUGGAGCAUGAUUUAUGUCUGCAGGUAGGUUUAGCAUGCUAACACGUGUCAUGGCUAUUACACAACCUGAUAUUGUUCGUUAUCAGGAUUUCUUCAGUCACUGGGACUGAAAAUCAUGUUUAUAUACAGUUUUGAAAGACUGCACAUGGGAGAAGUUUGCCUGCAGGGCUUUUUGUAAAAAAACAAAAACAGAAAGGCAAAUUAAUGUGUUACCUAAAGACCUAUUUUAGAGCAAAUCCCCUUCUAAAAAUAAAUGUGUAGUUUACACCCAUCCAUAGGGGCUAGAGCUUAUCCGAGCUGUCCGGUCGGGAUUCUGUCGCAGGGCCAGCGCUGAGUGAUGCACAAGCAUUUAUAGUUACCAGCUGGAGAGAACCAAUACAGGCACAGGAAGAAGAUGUGAACCCAGCCAGUGGAUUUAAACUGAGGAACUUGUUCCUGUGAGCAGUGAUAGUGCUAACCACUGUGCUGCACCAUGCAGUUCAUUUUCUGCCUAAAACGAAAUAGUGAUUGAUAACUGCUUUUCUUACAGCAUUUUUUUUUUAAAAAUUGUUAUAAAAUAGUCUUUGUUUUAUCUUAAAGUAAUGUUGGCAAAUUUAGGGGGUUGGUUUUGCUCCUUAGCAAAGUCAAGCUCUGAAAGCGACCUCUAGAACACAGCUCGAUCCUUUUUUCUUUGUAACUCAAAAACACUGCUGCACGUUCCCGGGUAGACCCUGGUCAGUUCUGCGUGUGGCUUAUUUAGCCAAAGUCACAAAUACAUAACAGUGGCUAUACUGACCACACCGUUUACAGUUUAACUGCUGUUUAUGUGCACUGCCACCAUCUUGGAUUGUUAAGCUGGGGUCAGUGGGGUUGCUUUGACGCUCCAAGUUGGAAAUCUGACUUGAGGGCAUGUUCCAGCCGUAAAUUUCCACUUCAAAAGAAACCAUCUUUAUAUGGAGCACACCCCUUCCACUUCAACAUGAGCUACACCUUAGUGUUUCUCACUGAGCCGCAAAGCUGUGACAUCACAAUGUUGUGAUUGGACAGUUGCAGUGAUGGCGCUGGAACAGCAACACUGUAUAUAUUGUUAGAAAACUACGAACACAGUGACAUCGGAUACACAAUUACAGCACUGAUGUUAGUUUUUGCUCUGAUUUAGCAUUUUGACAUGUUAGCUUAUUAGUAUAAAAUUCUGAACAUGUUUUAUAGAUAUUAGUAUAUUAGUGUUCGUAAAAUAGCCCACCCAGUAUUUUUGAUGCAGGUAGUAAAAGUAAUAUUUAGGAGAUAUGGCCUGAUAGUAUUAUAGUUCCUUAAAUGUCUUAUAGUACAUUUUAUAGUAAUUGUUUGGUAUUGCUUGGUGUAUACCAAUCCAGGGUAUAUACCAACCAUGGAGCUGGAUCAUUGAAGUCACUGAAAUUCAUCCUGUGUGGAAAUAUUGAGGAUGGCUCUGAGAGUUGUCGUCUUUGUCUCGUCUCUUUAUGUGCAGAGAGUAGCAGAGGGUGUGUUUCAGGUACUGAGUGUUUAUAUAAGAGGGUUUGGCUUAAAGUUCCGUGUCUUCAGGUUCUGUUGAUGUACUCUGAACGUGGUGAAAAGGUGAAAGCAUAAAUUAACCUUAAGCUGUCACCUUUUGUGUUCUCACUGCUGCUACAAACAGAAAACUGUGAGAGAAAACACUAAUUAUACACUAAUGACACAGUCAGACAGAGAAACCCUUUUCUCCCUUUAAGAAAGCUUUAAUAACUAACAGUAAUUAACAGCUAAUGACUGGCUUCCUUUCCACAUUGAUAUUUUGGACCAUAUUGUAAUGCAGCACAUUACUACAGGCCUGAGCUCCACCUACCUGACUCGUCAUUCAUGCUUUGUGUGUGAUAGACGUGGAACAGCAUUCCCAUGAACCAGUCUUGGUGCGAGCGAAGGAAAUCUCUGGAUGAAUGCCUUUCCUUGAAGUUGGUGUGCUGCCCGUGUCUGCUUCUCUGUGCUAUUUUUACGUGAGGGGUGGGUUCAUAGAAAACCCCGUAAAACCCUCCUCUGAGCUUAGACUGCAGUGUGACCAAGGAGCCGGAUCACUCGGUAGUCCCAUGGAAUGUUGGGAGUGAGACUUGUUGCACUGGACUUUUACUGGAACACAUUUUAUGGAAACCUGAGAGACUUGUUGUGGUUUUGCUGCUUUGAAGUGCUGACGAGGGCUUUUUUAAAGGAGGGAGGUGACAAACUAUGGCUGAUAUCACCUGUGCCACUGCUGAGCAGCGAUAACGCGGCGUGACAAAAGGAUCUAACUACGCCAUGUCGAACGGGGGCGGGGCUCCCAGCAGCUCCACCCACCUGCUGGACUUCCUAGAGGAGCCCAUCCCUGGUGUUGGGACCUACGAUGACUUUCACACCAUCGACUGGGUCCGUGAGAAGUGCAAGGACCGCGAGAGACACCGGAAGAUCAAUAGUAAGAAAAAGGAGUCUGCAUGGGAGUUCACCAAGAGCCUGUACGACGCUUGGUCCGGCUGGCUGGUGGUGACGCUCACUGGCUUGGCAUCAGGUGCUUUGGCUGGCCUGAUUGACAUUGCUGCUGAUUGGAUGAACGACCUGAAGGAGGGCGUGUGUCUGAGCGCCUUGUGGUUCAACCACGAGCAGUGCUGCUGGACGUCCAAUGAGACCACCUUCGCUGAGAGGGACAAGUGUCCUCAGUGGAAGAGCUGGGCUGAGCUAAUACUGGGGCAGGCUGAGGGCCCCGGCUCGUACAUCAUGAACUAUUUCAUGUACAUCUACUGGGCUCUGUCCUUCGCCUUCCUGGCAGUUUGUCUGGUUAAGGUGUUUGCGCCGUACGCCUGCGGCUCAGGGAUCCCAGAGAUCAAGACCAUCCUGAGUGGGUUCAUCAUCCGGGGAUAUCUGGGCAAGUGGACCUUGAUGAUCAAAACCAUCACUCUGGUGUUGGCUGUGGCGUCGGGCCUGAGCCUGGGGAAAGAGGGCCCCCUGGUCCACGUGGCCUGCUGCUGUGGGAACAUCUUCUCCUACCUCUUCCCCAAGUACAGCAAGAACGAGGCCAAGAAACGAGAGGUUCUCUCUGCCGCGUCAGCUGCCGGGGUGUCUGUUGCUUUUGGAGCACCAAUCGGGGGAGUCCUCUUCAGCUUAGAGGAGGUGAGCUACUAUUUCCCUCUAAAGACGUUGUGGCGCUCCUUCUUUGCGGCCCUGGUGGCGGCCUUCGUGCUUCGCUCCAUUAACCCGUUUGGGAACAGCCGCCUGGUGCUGUUCUACGUGGAGUACCACACGCCAUGGUACCUGUUUGAGCUCCUCCCGUUCAUCCUGCUGGGAGUGUUCGGGGGCCUCUGGGGCGCCUUCUUCAUCAAAGCCAACAUCGCCUGGUGCCGGCGGCGCAAGUCGACACGUUUCGGCAGGUACCCGGUGUUGGAGGUGAUCCUGGUGGCGGCCAUCACUGCGGUGGUUGCUUUCCCAAACCCUUACACGCGUAAGAACACCAGCGAGCUGAUAAAGGAGCUGUUCACCGACUGCGGUCCGCUGGAGUCUUCGCAGCUCUGUCAGUACCGCAGCCAGAUGAACGGCACCAAAGCCUUCUCUGAUGACCAGCCGGCGGGGCCCGGCGUCUACUCGGCCAUGUGGCAGCUGUGCCUGGCGCUCAUCUUUAAAAUCAUCAUGACUAUAUUCACAUUUGGACUCAAGGUGCCGUCGGGUUUGUUCAUCCCCAGCAUGGCCAUCGGGGCGAUCGCGGGGCGGAUUGUUGGCAUUGCCAUGGAGCAGCUUGCAUAUUAUCACCACGACUGGUUCCUGUUCAAAGAGUGGUGCGAAGUCGGAGCUGACUGCAUCACUCCAGGGCUCUACGCUAUGGUGGGAGCUGCAGCGUGCCUGGGUGGAGUGACUCGUAUGACUGUCUCCCUCGUCAUCAUCGUGUUCGAGCUGACCGGCGGGCUGGAGUACAUCGUCCCCCUCAUGGCCGCCGUGAUGACCAGCAAAUGGGUGGGCGAUGCAUUCGGUCGAGAGGGAAUCUACGAGGCCCACAUCCGACUGAACGGAUACCCCUUCCUGGAUUCAAAGGAGGAGUUCACGCACACCACGCUGGCCCGGGAGGUGAUGAGGCCCCGACGCAACGACCCGCCGUUGGCAGUGCUCACGCAGGACGACCUGACUGUGGAGGAGCUGCAGGGCGUUAUCAAUGAAACCAGUUAUAAUGGUUUCCCUGUGAUCGUGUCUAAGGAGUCCCAGAGGCUAGUGGGCUUCGCUCUGCGCAGAGACAUCACAAUCGCUAUAGAGAACGCACGCCGCAAACAGGAGGGCAUCGUGCUGAACUCAAGGGUGUACUUCACCCAGCAUGCACCCACGCUGCCUGCCGACAGCCCUCGACCCCUCAAGCUUCGCUCCAUCCUGGACAUGAGCCCCUUCACCGUCACUGACCACACCCCCAUGGAGAUCGUGGUGGACAUUUUCAGGAAGCUGGGUCUGCGCCAGUGCCUGGUUACUCACAACGGGAUUGUGUUGGGCAUCAUCACUAAGAAGAAUAUAUUAGAGCAUCUGGAGGAGCUCAAGCAGCACACGCCGCCCCUGGCGGCUUCUUGGUAUUAUCACAAAAAAAGAUAUCCUUCGUCACAUGGCUCAAAUGGCAAAUCAGGAUCCAGAGUCCAUCAUGUUCAACUGAUCCGCUCUUUCCAGGACGGCUGGGGUGGAGGGGGCAACGAGGAGGAGGAGGAGGAGGAGGAGGAAGAGGUGUGCCUCCUGAACGGCUCCAGUCUCUGACACGCGGACCCCGUUUUUGUUUGUUCGUUUUUAGUUUUCAGCUGUAGACCCUGAACCUCACUGACUGACUGACUGAGGCCUCCAGAGACUUUCAGGCCACCCGAGGAGAAGACGAUGACACGAGACUUUGUUCUCAUCGUCCGGCUGCCGAGGACACGAUGAGGUCACGGGUCGAAGGCACGCACACACA